ACCUUCAUGAAAACUCGUACUGGUAGAAUCAUUACUGUUCCUUGUUUGUUCUGCGUCAUCAUUGUAGUUUCUGUGCGUGAUUUUCUUCUUUGCGUCUGAAAAUGUCUUGCUGUGGUGGUAACUGUGGGUGUGGAAGCAGCUGCAAGUGCGGCAACGGCUGCGGAGGCUGCAAGAUGUACCCAGACUUGAGCUAUGCUGAGAAGACAACCACAGAGACUCUGGUAAUGGGCGUUGCACCUGUGAAGGCCCACUUCGAGGGUGGUGAAAUGGGUUUUGCAGCUGAGAACGGUGGCUGCAAGUGUGGAUCAAACUGCACAUGCGACCCAUGCAACUGCAAGUGAGCUGCAUUUCUAAGCUUGAAGCAGAGAUGACCCCUAGCCCUUAAUUAGUGGUGGAAAUAAUUGCUAUACCUUUUUACACACUUUAUUAAGACUCUCUGUAUGUUUGUUCUGUGUGCUUUCAUGUUUGGUGUAACACCCUUUGGAGUUUUAGAAUAAAGUGGCCAUGCACCUUCAGCAAAUUCAAUUGUUCUGUAGGAUUUGUUGUGGGUGUCUCGAGCUAUGGUUGCUUUGUUAUCUGCUGUGUUGGUUUUGUAUGAAGUUUUAGCUAAUCGGAAUCUUGAGUCUCUGCUUAUUAAUUGAAUAGUAUUGUGUUUUGUAAAGAAA